CUGUAAGAGUGUACGAUACUGAAAUAUAUUGCUUGGAGCACAUCUAACCUCUUUUUGCAGUGGUCCUGUGAGCAGCAAUAUAUAGAAUGGAAACAUUCAGUUGACAUUUCCGGGAAACAAACGUAAUGCAUGCCAUGCUUCGGGGACAUUCAUUGGCCUCUCUCAAGGUUUAAUAAGUUGUGACAGUCAAUUCACUGUCUUCCAGUAGUCCUUGCAAGCUGUUCAUUUCAAAAAUAAAACAUUAAAUUCCAAGAACCAAAGUUUCCAAGCAACCAAACCGUGCAAACAAAACUAUUGUACAUGAUAUUUACAUCUUUGUUGCCUGGGAAUCCUGUCACUGCUCCACACCUCACUCCAAACACUUGCUAAAAGCACUGAAUGGUUCUUGCAGCAACAGAGACUUUGCAGUUUAGGAAAGAUCAAGUCAGAAACGCAUAGAUCAGAGAGUUACAAUUCUUGAGAGGCUGAGAGAGCGAUGAGUAAUCGAGAGGUGGUCGUUCUGAGCGUGGGAGGUGUGAGAUUUGUAACCCGAGCUUCUACCUUGCAGCAGUUCCCUGAGUCCAGGCUGGCACGGAUGUUGAACGGUGAUGACUGGGAAUUUAAACUGGCAAAUGGAGAGUUUUUUGUGGACAGAGAUGGAACUUUGUUUAGUUACAUCAUGGACUUCUUGAGGACCCUCCAGGUCUCCUUACCUACUGAUUUCUCAGACUAUCAGAGGCUGCAGAGAGAAGCAGAAUUCUAUGGGCUCUACCCUCUGGCUGACCUCCUGAGCCAGGAACACUUGCUGAAGCCGAGGCUGGAGAUCUUGGAAGUGCGUUUUUCUCUCCAAGAGAUGCAGGCCUUUUUCCGCAUCUUUGGUUCCUGCAGUACCACUGUUGAGACACUAGCCGAACAGAUCACGGUGUUUACUGGGCUGCAGUCAGGACAGAGCUGGAGCAGCCCUUUUCCUUCUCAGAAACCACUCAUUCCACUUCCUUUGGAAAGACCUUCUCAUCACGACAUGGUUUUUCAGUGUGGUACUGACUACUCUGCUGGUGACCAGUUUGUGGCCAGGUAUGUGUCCAUAAAGCCCGAUAACAGAAAGCUGAUUAAUGGUACUAAUGUGCUAGGCCUGCUGCUUGACACUUUACUCAAAGAUGGAUUUCGCCUCAUAAGCACCAGGACAGUCUCCAGUGAAGAAAAAGUGGAGUGCUACAGUUUGGAAAGGCUGCAGAGGCCAGCAGGCCUUAGCGUCCUGGCAAGCCAGACCUCAGGGAGCUCCGGGGUGGCACAGGCAAAGAGAAGCCAAGUGCAGAAAGGGAAAUAA